UACCAUGUGUAUCUGGUGUAUAAGAAGACACUUGUAUUAUAACUCAAAAGUGAGCAUGAGGUGUGUGUCUGGUGUUUAAGAUGUUAUAGCUUUACGGUGAGCAUGAGAUGUGCUCAUUAAGAACAAAACAUCAUGGGUGUGUGACAUGAUUUUUUUCGCAGCCCAUCCUACGAUAUGUUACACUCAUGUCCUAAGAGUUACUGAGAAAAAACAUGUAAAUUUGUAAACUAGUUUGCAAUUUGUUGUGUAAACCUAAUGCAGCAACUAGUAUUGUAGACCAACAGAUACAGCACAGCAGGUAAAGCAAAGUCAUUUAAUAUUGUUGUAACCGUUUAAGGUGAUUUGAAUAAAAUGAAGGUUCUUUGUUUGUUUGCUUUGUUAAAAGCAGUAUUUGCAGUGAACUACAUUUCACUUGGUUGCUGGAGGGAUACAGGUAAUAGAGCAAUACCAACUUUGGAAGGAACCACGCCAAUUCUGGACAACCAUUACAGAAACCGAAUUAAUCCCAUAACAAAAUGCAGCAAGGCAGCAUUGGCAUUAGGAUACCGUGUUUUUGCCGUGCAGCAUAGUGGUUGGUGUGCCAGUUCCUCUGAUGCAGAGAACACUUACAAAAUAUAUGGAGAGGCUACCAACUGUAUAAAUGGACAAGGUGGCAGUUCGGCAAAUGAUGUUUAUGAGAUAUCAUAUGAGAAUGCUCAAAAGUACAGCGGUAGUUACAGACAGGAGGUUUAUGUAACUAAUAAAAAUAUGCAACUGCAGGUUGAGUAUAGGAUUUGUAUGAAUGCCCUGCCAUAUAAAGCAACUGUGAAUGUAUCACCACUUCUACCUCACCUCCCACAAAGUUUAAAUGUAAAGAUACUUGAAAUUAAUAAAACCAAUAUUUUAAUUGAGUUACAGCCAAUAGCCACAAAUAUUAUUGACUGGGUUACUGUGGAUUUAACAUGGGUAGUUUAUAUUUACUUUUAAAUAUUGCGACUAACUUAAACAAACACUUUAUUUGUUGCGUCAGAAACCACACACUCCCCUUGUACAGAUAUUUCUAACAUUUGUAUAAUUUGGUACAGUGGGGUAAGAUGGGACAUGCUGCCAUUAUAUUUUAUCGUUCCAUUUGGUAGUAAACAAAAAACAUUUACAUAAUUAUAUAACCGAAUCCUCACGAAUAAAAAUUGCUUUGUCAGUUGUUAAAAACGCGAUUAGAAAAUGAGUGAUUUAUUAGGUACUAGCAGUAUCCCAUCUUACCCUACAGUACUGUACACAGCUCAUAAUGCUGUAAUUGGACACUUAUUUCAAUAAAAGCUGUAAUUGUA